UCUGUCAAGCGAUACGUUAGCAGGUAUGUCUCAUCAAUGUUGGCAUCUUCCCACGCUCCGGCAAUCUCAUCUCGUGUUUGGUCGCUGCUGUCUAACCGUUUGCCCCCUACUUACGCCUAUCCCAUUUCUCCAUCGACAGUUUUCAGACCUAGAAGGGAACGCAAGAGUCGGUUGAAAUGUGUGGAAUCUUUGGUUACUUGAACUACUUGGUUGAGAAAGACCGUCGCUUCAUUGUCGACACGCUCUUGACCGGUCUCUCCCGUCUCGAGUACCGCGGCUAUGAUUCGGCCGGUAUAGCCGUCGACGGCGAUGUCGAGGACACCGUGAACGUGUUCCGCCAGGUCGGCAAGGUCAACGCACUUCGUAAGAAGAUCAACGAAGACAAAAGCAUCGACUUUGAGAAGACUUUCGUGGCCCACACUUCUAUGGCUCACACCCGAUGGGCGACUCACGGUCAACCUAGCGAGAGGAACUCCCACCCUCACCGUAGUGACCCUAAGAACGAGUUUUUGGUCGUGCAUAACGGUAUCAUCACGAACUACAAGGAAUUGAGGACUGUCUUGGAAAAGAAGGGAUACGUGUUCGAGUCUGACACUGACACGGAAUGUAUCGCAAAGCUCGCAAAGUACCUGUUCGACUCGCAAAAGGGAAGCAAGCCACUCACAUUCACUGCUCUGACGAAGGCUGUCAUCAAAGAGCUCGAGGGAGCAUUUGCACUGUUGCUGAAAUCUACCCACUACCCGCACGAAAUCGUCGCCACCCGUCGUGGAUCCCCGCUCCUCAUUGGUGUCAAGACCGAGAAGAAGCUCAAGGUAGACUUUGUGGACGUUGAGUUUGGUGUUGGAGACGCACGGAACCAGGACAAGCUUGCGGAGGACAGCGAGAACUUGUUGACGCCCGCGGACCCCACCCACCCCAAAAUCCACAGGAGCCAGUCGCGUGCAUUCCUGAGCGAAGAUGGCAUGCCUCAGCCGAUCGAAUACUUCUUGGCAUCCGACCCUUCGGCUAUUGUGGAGCACACCAAGCGUGUGUUGUACCUCGAAGACGACGACAUUGCGCACAUCAACGAGGGGGAAUUGCACAUCCACCGUCUCCGUCGUGACGACGGUAUCUCCGCUAUUCGGUCCAUCCAGACACUGGAGAUGGAGAUUGCAGAAAUCAUGAAGGGAUCCUUCAACCACUUUAUGCAAAAGGAGAUUUACGAGCAGCCCGAGUCGGUGGUUAACACUAUGCGUGGUCGUGUCAACUUCGACGACCACACCGUCAAUCUGGGAGGUUUGAAGGCGUACUUGUCGACCAUCAGGAGGUGCAGGAGGAUUGUGUUUGUAGCUUGCGGAACGAGUUUCCACAGUUGCAUUGCGACCCGCGCCAUUUUCGAAGAGUUGACCGAGAUUCCUAUUAGCGUCGAGCUAGCCAGCGACUUCCUUGACCGCCGCACGCCCAUCUUCCGUGACGACGUGUGCGUAUUCGUGUCUCAAUCCGGCGAAACGGCCGACACGAUCCUCGCUCUUCGCUACUGCCUCGAACGCGGGGCGCUCUGCGUCGGCGUCACCAACACGGUCGGCUCCUCCAUCUCCCGCGAGACGCACUGCGGUGUCCACCUGAACGCCGGCCCCGAAAUCGGUGUCGCUUCCACCAAGGCGUACACAUCGCAGUUCAUCGCACUGGUGAUGAUGGCGCUGCAACUCUCUGAAGACCGCAUCUCCAUGACCGAGCGCCGCAAGCUCAUCAUCGACGAGCUUCACGAGCUUCCCCGCUACAUUAAAGAGACCCUCGCCCUAGACCAAGAACUGCAAACCCUCGCGCGGGACGUCCUGCACAAGGAGAAGUCUCUUCUCAUCAUGGGCCGCGGGGCACAAAACGCCACUUGCCUCGAAGGCGCGCUCAAGAUCAAGGAAAUCUCGUACAUGCACUCUGAGGGCAUCCUCGCCGGCGAGCUCAAACACGGGCCCUUGGCGCUGAUCGACGAGAACAUGCCUGUGAUCCUCAUCAUGACGCGGGACUCGCUGUACCCGAAAGUGCAGUCUGCGCUGCAGCAGGUGACGGCGCGUAAAGGCGCGCCGAUUAUUAUUUGCAACAAGGAGGACACGGGGAUCAGUGAUCAGUACCGCACGAUCCGAGUGCCGUCGACGGUGGAUGCCCUGCAGGGGAUUAUUACGGUUGUGCCGUUGCAGCUGUUGUCGUACCAUUUGGCGGUGCUGAAUGGGGUUGAUGUGGAUUUCCCGAGGAACUUGGCUAAGAGUGUGACUGUUGAGUAGAUGUUGGUGUGUUUGUGGAACAGGGAGACGGACAGACGGCAGUUGUUGUGGUGGCUUGCUGGGUGGGUGGAAAUGAGAAAGGUUUUUGCAGCAGCCCCGUGGAUUACAUGAAAGAACCCCAUCACGUUCCUUUUCCUUUCUAUGCAUUGCAAAGCUUUGAGUUCUGUGGAACCUUCUUAAAUCUGUGUGUAGUUUUUCCAAUACACUUAUUUUUUGUUUUGA